ACACACACACACACACACACACACCUCCAUCAUGUUCACGCUGUUGAGUGGAUUGUGGCAGCGAUGGCAGCAACGCUACGAGUACUACGCGCUCAUCAUUGGCCUUGAUGCGGCGGGGAAAACGACGUUGUUAGAGAAGAUCAAAGAAAUCUACAUUGCAAAGUACCCACAGGGCGGCAAGAAGGUCAUCCCAACCGUCGGCUUGAAUGUGGCCAAGAUUUUGCUGCACUCCAUACGGCUUGUGUUCUGGGACCUUGGUGGUCAGCUGGAUCUUCAUGAGCUCUGGCACAACUAUUAUCGGGAGGCGCACGGGAUCAUCUACGUCAUUGACUCCACAGACCGGGAGCGAUUACAGGAGUCGAAAGACGUGUUUGACCACGUCCUCAUGACGCGCGAACUUGAGGGCGUCCCCAUCCUCAUUCUCUGCAACAAACAAGAGCACCCGAACGCAAUGACAGUGCAGGACAUCAAGCAGACACUGAACCAGUCUGCGCACAAGCUUGGUCUUCGCGAUUGCAAAGUCCAGGGCGUAUCAGCGGUUAGCGGGGAGAAUGUUCGGGAGAGCGUGGAGUGGCUUGCAUCACGCAUGCAGCGAAACCCUGCCCGCCCACCAAAGCUUGCGUAAAGCAGCGCCACCAUCACUCAUCAUUGGUUGUUACAAAAGUGGUUGCGAUGGCGGUGGGUGUCUGUGUGUGGUCGCGGUGUUGGCUAAGCGUUUGCUCUUCUGAGACUUCACCUUUUGUCUCUGCUCGCUCGCCAGUCGCAGCAUGCAAGGAACAACACGUGAACACCCUUCUCGGUCCUGCUCGUUCUUGGGAUGUUAUCAUGACGCGCGCCCCCUUGUACAUACAUACAUGCACAUGCACUUGUCCAUAUGCCAUGUGCUGGCUUGUAAAUGACACGUGUUCGUUCGUUUGUUCGUUUGUCUAAUUCAGUGAAAGGAACUGUAAGCGGCA